AUCAUUCUCAAUAAGUAUUAAAAUAUUACAAAUAUAAAAGGUUUUGAGAAGGAGUUAUAGAAUCUUCCAGAAAAAUAACAAAUGACAACCCAAAUGGUUUCAUCUCAUCGAUUACUUACGUUGAUGAUGGUGUUUGUUCUCCUCCUCAUACCUAUGAUUUCUGGAGGACAAAUUACAGACAAAUGUACGGAGGGAUGUCUAAACCCAACAUCUUGCAAUAUACAUUGCUUGAGGAGAGGCUUAGGGCAUUGUGAAAAAGCUAGAGGAAGUGCGAGUGGAGGAAGGGAAGAAGGAAGAGCUCCUUCGACGGCGGAGGAGUUCACAAGACAAGGUGUUGCUAGCCAAACAGUAGAGAAGUCUUUUGACGGAGCUGCGGUGGCGGUAAACGUCUCCGGUGAUUCUGAGGCGGAUGUGGAGAAGGUGAAAGAGGCGUUUAAAGAUAAGAAAGACUAUAAUUAUAAGAAGGGAAAUGAUGAUGAUGAUAAUGAUGGUUUGCCUAUCAACACGGCUAAAGGAAUAUAAAGGCAUGUACACUUGUUAGUAGUAUCACUGUAAAUUGGUGUAUAAUAUAUGCAUGAAUGUAAUAUUAUAGUCAUCAUGUACUUUGUAUAUAUCGAGUAAUGGAUAGAAGAAAUGUUGCUUUUUUCUUCUCUUUUUUCUUGUCAACUAUUAUCUGCAAGUUUAUUAAUUUCUUUUAGUUUUGUUUAGCUACUAUAUACUUUGUAGAAAUAAAAUUUACUUUGAUCA